GCAGCUUGUGGCAAUUAUGAUCUAAAACACGGUUGUACAAAGAUCUUUGAUCCGGUCUGCGGCACGGACAACCUCCUGUACGGCAAUGAGUGCCUGCUGUGCUUUCAGAACCU